UACACACUUGCAUCUUGGCUUCUGCUUCCAAAGCUUAGCAAAUGGCUUCUCUGCUAUCUUCUUCGUCUCUCCGCCACUUCCCUUCCAAAACACCAUUAACGCCGCCAAGCUACGGCGCCGCUUUCUUUCUCAAUCUACCAAAAUCUACCCGCCCAUGCCGAUCUAGCUUCGAAUGCUCGGCCGGUCAGACUGGGUUCUUCCAGAAACUCGGUAGACUGAUCAAAGAGAAAGCAAAGAACGACGUCGACAAACUUUUCUCUGGAUUUUCCAAAACUAGAAAUAACUUGGCCGUCAUUGACGAGCUCCUCCUCUACUGGAACCUCUCCGACACCGACCGCGUUCUCGAUGAGCUCGAAGAGGCUUUGCUGGUGUCUGAUUUUGGGCCAAGGAUUACUAUAAAGAUUGUUGAGAGUUUGCGAGAUGAUAUAUAUGCUGGCAGGCUAAAAACAGGAAGUGAGAUCAAAGAUGCUUUGAAGAGGAGUAUCUUGGAACUUCUAACUAAGGCACCUAAAACAGAGCUUCAACUAGGAUUCAGGAAACCUGCUGUAAUCAUGAUUGUGGGCGUCAAUGGAGGUGGGAAGACAACAUCUCUUGGAAAGCUGGCCAAUAGAUUGAAGAACGAAGGAGCAAAGAUAUUACUGGCCGCUGGUGAUACGUUUAGAGCAGCUGCUAGUGAUCAACUGGAGAUUUGGGCUGAGAGGACAGGCUGUGAGAUUGUCGUUGCUGAGACGGAGAAAGCCAAAGCAUCAUCAGUUCUUUCACAGGCUGUUAAAAGAGGGAAGGAACAAGGCGUUGAUAUCGUUUUAUGCGACACAUCUGGACGUUUGCACACUAAUUAUAGCCUGAUGGAAGAACUGGUUGCAUGUAAGAAAACUGUUAGUAAAAUUGUUCCCGGGGCACCCAAUGAAAUUUUGCUAGUGCUAGACGGAACAACAGGUUUAAAUAUGCUCCCACAAGCAAGAGAGUUUAAUGAGGUUGUUGGAGUAACUGGUUUCAUAUUGACAAAACUUGAUGGUUCUGCUAGAGGUGGUUGUGUGGUCAGUGUAGUAGAUGAGCUAGGUAUUCCCGUAAAGUUUGUAGGCGUUGGUGAAGGCAUAGAUGACCUCCAACCAUUCGAUGCGGAGACAUUUGUUAACGCAAUAUUCUCGUGAGGGGAGGUAAGUUUGAAGUGCACAUGGCAUGAUUGGAUGAGAUGAAAUGUGCCGAGGUUGCAACCGAGUUGAGGAGAUGCCUGCCAUUGACCAAUAGGAUCUUAGUUGCUUCUUUUGAAUGAAAGGUUGUUUUGAAUAUCAUUUUCAAAGGCAGGCAGGGAGGCAGCCCCCUGUUGUCAUCUUCUUUCCAGUUUACACCUGAGUUGAGUUGAAAAUAACCAUAGCCAACAGUGUGGAAUUUGAAUUUUUCAAUCAGAGAAAUUGAACCCCCCCUUUAGGGGCUAGGGCUGAACCCCCAAAGUGUUUGCUAUAUAGACAUUUUGUUGAUUCAAUUUCUUUUUGGCUUCAAAAGUUGAGGAUUAUUAGGGCUAGGGCUGAAUCCCCCAAUAUCA